AUGUAUGUAUUGUUAUGUGACGGGAAGAGGUGUAUCAGAUGCGGGCGCGGUGCGCGUGGAGCAAGACGCGUGGGGAUUGUGGUCAACAACAAUUUCAUCGUGGACUGUGGACUGUGGACUCUCCUCCUCCCAGUCAGAUUCUCCUUUCUCUCUCCCACAACACCGCCCUCCCCUCCCCUCCCCUUCCCUCCUCCUCAAUCUCACCAGCGGCCGCAACGCCUGAGGCCAUCAAGCAGUGGCAUUGAUACCAUAUCGCAUCCAAUCCGCCAAUAUGGCUCCAGACACACAAAAUCACACAUUGCUAACACCCCCGCUACUUCGACUAUGGGCCAGCUUACAAUGAACACAGACCAGAAUAGUGCUCCAUAUUUAGCUCCUCCUUCUUUGACCAAGACCUCUUUCACACUAUCGAGCUGGCUUGAUCUCCCUUGUCCAUUGAUACAGGACCUCAAUUCAAGUCGAUGGUAUAUCAUGUCCCUCGUCCUCUGCGAGCCAUCUCAGUCCAAGUUCUGGCUCCUACAAUUUCCUGUCUCCUUUGUUCGCUUUUGCUUUUUCGCGAGCGUCCGACUCCCAUCACCACCUGAAAACAUCCUUGAGCACCGCUUCGAAAAGAAAGCCUGGUAUGGCCAUAGGAUCACAAGAGAGAAAAAGGACAGGAAGGGCAGGAGGCUCCGAAUCCUGCCUAAGAGCAUCGAAGAGACGCUCUUGAACGAGUUUCCUGACCCAUGCUUGCAAUGUAAGUUUGAUCCCCUCGACUGCGAGAAAGUUGAUGACGAUGACUGCGGAAUCAAGUGUGUCGAGGAGUUCCGUCGUCGACAUUUCUUCAAAUACAAACCCCAAAUCCAGCCCUCCGGCAGCUGUGGCUAUGGUGCCUUCAAUACACGAAGUCCCAUACCGGCAGACACAUAUCUCAGUGAGUAUUUAGGAAACCUGAUCCCAUCAGAUGACGCACCCAGAUCCUUAUACCUCCUCGACAUCAAAGGCCUGUUCUCGAUCGACGCUGCAAAAGCAGGUAAUUGGACACGAUUCAUAAACUCAUCCUGUGAACCGAAUGUCGCGGCCGAAGCCGCAAUGCUUGGUAAGAGACAUGUGCUUGUGUUCAAGACCUUGAGACGAAUCCUUCCUGGUGAAGAAUUGACGUUUUACUAUGGUCGUAAAUAUUUCCAACAAGCUGGUUUUAAAUGUUCGUGUCCUUGGAGGGAUGAACCCCAUACUCCACGAUCGAACAAGCAGGCGGAGGAGCACGACGACGCCAAGGGGAAGGGCAAUAAGACUAAUACAAGUGAGUCUCCCGAUGUAAGUACCGGGGAAGACACCGAGGAGACCGUGACUCCUGCAGCUCCUCGGAAGCCAUCAUCAGCAGAGGGCAAGAAGCGCUCUACAGCGAAGAAGACCAAGACGUCGACAGGAUCCCCAUCAGCAGGGAAAAAGGUAAGCUCUGGCAGAGUUACAAAAAGAUCGCAUCUCAACCAAUCCACAAACGCUACUAGAAGCAGGACGUAUAGAACAGCCAAAGCUUUGGUAACGAACUUAUAA